CGCAGUAUUUGGCGCUCGGCGCUCGCAGCUCGGCAUUCGGCAAUCGGCAUUUUCCCAGUCGCCGUUCGACCGUGCUCGUCAGUCUAGAGAGUAAUAUCGACACGAAAAAGACCUGUUUGAGAGUUACCUGGGCAAAUAGACAAAUAAACGAAAUACUACACACAAUUGCAUAAAACUUGGUUUGGACGCUGCAGUCGUUGCGUAAACCGGCAAAAUGGCUGAAGCGGAAGGUGGCUCCGAGCAGGAUGAUGUCUCAUUCCUGAGAACGGAAGAUAUGGUCACGCUUUCCUGCACAGCAACUGGAGAACGUGUCUGCUUGGCCGCUGAGGGAUUCGGUAACCGGCAUUGUUUUCUCGAAAAUAUUGCCGAUAAAAAUGUACCGCCCGACUUGUCCCAAUGCGUUUUUGUCAUUGAGCAAGCCCUAUCCGUGCGUGCGCUUCAAGAACUGGUGACAGCAGCUGGAUCAGAGACCGGUAAAGGCACUGGAUCAGGCCAUAGAACAUUACUCUAUGGCAAUGCCAUACUUCUCAGGCAUCACAACAGCGAUAUGUACCUCGCCUGCUUGUCAACCUCAUCGUCGAAUGAUAAGCUCUCCUUCGAUGUGGGUCUGCAGGAGCAUAGCCAGGGUGAGGCCUGUUGGUGGACCGUCCAUCCGGCCAGCAAACAGCGUUCAGAAGGUGAAAAGGUUCGUGUCGGCGAUGAUUUAAUUCUGGUGUCUGUUGCCACCGAACGGUAUCUGCACACAACGAAGGAGAACGAGCAGUCCAUUGUGAAUGCCAGCUUCCAUGUGACCCACUGGUCCGUGCAGCCCUACGGCACUGGCAUAUCACGCAUGAAAUAUGUCGGCUAUGUGUUUGGUGGAGAUGUCUUGCGUUUCUUCCACGGCGGCGACGAGUGCCUGACCAUACCCAGCACAUGGGGCCGUGAAGCAGGUCAAAACAUUGUCAUAUACGAAGGAGGCGUGGUCAUGGCACAAGCUCGUUCUCUGUGGCGUCUGGAGUUGGCGCGCACCAAGUGGACGGGCGGCUUCAUAAACUGGUACCAUCCCAUGCGUAUACGUCAUAUAACAACGGGACGCUAUUUGGGCGUCAACGAGAGCAACGAGCUUAUCCUGGUCAAAAAGGAGGAGGCAUCGAUUGCAACGACGACUUUCUGCCUGAGGCAAGAAAAAGACGACGAAAAGAAAGUACUCGAGGACAAAGACUUAGAAAUAAUCGGCUCGCCGAUCAUCAAAUAUGGUGACACCACGGUCAUUGUACAGCAUUGUGAAUCCAGCCUGUGGCUCAGUUACAAGAGUUACGAGACUAAAAAGAAGGGUGUCGGCAAGGUGGAGGAGAAACAGGCCAUUUUACACGAGGAAGGAAAAAUGGACGAUUGCCUGGACUUUUCGCGCUCGCAGGAGGAGGAAUCGAAGACGGCACGCGUCAUCCGUAAAUGUAGCAGCCUCUUCACUCAAUUCAUAACCGCUCUGGAAACUUUGCAGUCCAAUCGCCGGCAUUCAGUUUUUUUCCAAAAAGUUAACCUGAAUGAGAUGGUCAUGUGCCUGGAAGAUUUAAUCAACUACUUCUCGCAGCCAGAAGAUGAUAUGGAACACGAGGAGAAACAAAAUCGUUUUCGUGCCUUGCGCAAUCGCCAGGAUCUGUUCCAAGAAGAGGGCGUGCUCAAUCUCAUACUGGAGGCCAUUGACAAGAUAAACAUUAUUACCUCGCAAGGCUUCUUAGCCAGUUUUCUGGCCGGCGAUGAGACCGGCCAGAGUUGGGAUCUAAUCUCCACGUACCUGUACCAACUGCUGGCCGCCAUCAUCAAGGGUAACCACACCAACUGCGCCCAGUUUGCAAACAGCAAUCGCCUAAACUGGCUCUUCUCCCGCCUGGGCUCACAGGCGUCCAGUGAAGGAUCUGGCAUGUUAGAUGUGCUACACUGUGUGCUCAUCGAUUCUCCGGAGGCGCUGAACAUGAUGCGCGACGAGCACAUCAAAGUGAUUAUUUCGCUGCUGGAAAAGCACGGACGUGACCCCAAAGUUCUCGAUGUCCUCUGCUCUCUGUGUGUGGGUAAUGGAGUUGCAGUGCGCUCUUCGCAAAAUAAUAUAUGCGAUUUUCUGCUGCCCGGCAAGAAUCUUCUGCUGCAAACAUUGCUGGUAGAUCAUGUUGCGAGUAUACGGCCCAAUAUCUUUGUUGGCCGCGUCGAUGGCUCGUCCAUGUACCAGAAGUGGUACUUUGAGGUGACCAUGGAUCACAUUGAGCAAACGACGCACAUAAUGCCCCAUCUACGCAUCGGAUGGGCCAAUACGUCCGGCUAUGUGCCCUAUCCCGGCGGCGGUAAAAAAUGGGGCGGCAAUGGCGUCGGCGACGACCUCUACUCGUUUGGCUUCGAUGGUGCCCACCUGUGGACUGGCGGACGCAAAUCGCUUGUCGUGGAUGCACUGCCCGAAGAACCGUUCAUCAGGAAGGGCGAUGUCAUUGGCGUGGCCAUAGAUCUGUCAGUGCCAGUCAUAACGUUCACCUUUAAUGGCGCGAAGGUACGCGGCUGCUUCAGGGAUUUCAAUCUGGAUGGCAUGUUCUUCCCGGUGAUGAGUUGCUCGUCCAAACUGAGUUGCCGCUUUCUGUUUGGUGGUGAUCAUGGUCGCCUAAAGUAUGCACCACCUAUGGGCUUUUCGGCGCUCGUGCAGUGCCUGAUGCCGCAUCAGAUUUUAAGCCUGGAUCCUUGCUUCUACUUUGGCAAUCUAAGCAAAAAUGUAUUGGCCGGACCCUGGCUGAUCGAGGAUGAUACACCCUUUGUGCCUAAGCCCGUGGAUACGACAGGCGUUUCCCUGCCAAGCUCUGUGGACCAAAUUAAGGAGAAGCUUGCAGAGAAUAUACACGAAAUGUGGGCCUUAAAUAAAAUCGAUGCUGGCUGGACCUGGGGCGAACAUCGAGACGACUAUCAUCGCAUACAUCCCUGCCUCACCCAGUUCGAGAAACUGCCAGCUGCUGAGAAGCGCUAUGACAAUCAACUAGCGGUCCAAACAUUAAAAACCAUUAUUUCGUUGGGUUACUAUAUAACCAUGGAUAAGCCGCCGGCACGCAUACGACCCGUCCGCCUGCCCAACGAGAUAUUCAUGCAAGCCAAUGGCUACAAGCCGGCACCGCUUGACUUGAGUGCUGUCACGCUGACGCCAAAGCUGGAGGAGCUUGUGGAUCAGUUAGCUGAGAACACGCACAAUUUGUGGGCACGAGAACGCAUCCAACAGGGUUGGACCUACGGUCUGAACGAAGACUCCGAAAAUCAUCGCAGUCCCCAUCUGGUGCCCUAUGCCAAGGUCGAUGAGGCCAUCAAGAAGGCGAAUCGCGAUACUGCCUCCGAGACGGUUCGUACCCUGUUGGUCUAUGGCUAUGUCCUGGAUCCACCCACUGGCGAGGGCACUGAAGCGCUGCUGGCCGAGGCACAACGCCUGAAAUUCGCCGCAUUCCGGACGUAUCGAGUGGAGCGCAAUUAUGCUGUUACCUCUGGAAAAUGGUAUUUUGAAUUUGAGGUCCUGACGGCGGGUCCAAUGCGCGUUGGCUGGGCUCGCGCCGAUUGCUAUCCGGGAGCGAUGCUGGGCAGUGAGGACACCAGCUGGGCGUUUGAUGGUCACAAUGAAGAGAAAGUCUACGGUGGCAACAGUGAAUCCUUUGGUAAACAGUGUGGACCCGGGGAUAUAGUUGGAGUCUUUUUAGAUCUAGCCGAUCAUACAAUUAGCUUCUCACUGAACGGAGAACUGCUCAUGGAUGCCUUGGGUGGCGAGACAACAUUUGCCGAUGUGACUGCAGAGGGCGUGGGCUUUGUGCCCGCCUGCACCUUGGGCGUGGGUCAGAAGGCGCGUUUAAUUUAUGGUCAAGAUGUGGACUCCCUAAAGUUCUUUACCACGUGUGGUCUACAAGAAGGUUACGAGCCAUUCUGUGUGAAUAUGCAACGCCCGGUUACGCAUUGGUACACCAAAGAUCAGCCUAUAUUUGAGAACACCGAGGAAAUGCCCGAUUGCCGCAUCGAUGUGACGCGUAUUCCUGGUGGUGCCGAUACUCCGCCUCAUUUGAAAAUCUCGCAUAAUACAUUUGAGACAAUGGAAAAGGCGAACUGGGAAUUCCUGCGUCUCUCCCUGCCUGUUACCUGCAUGAGUGACUUCAUCAGCGAACAGGAGAAGGCGAGACGCUGGGAGGAAAUCAAAAUUCGCCAAUACCGCUUAAUGCGAGAAGCACAAGAGGCGGCGGCACAAAUGCAAACCCAACAAACCGUGGCACAUAUGGAUCACAUGCUAAAGGGCGGCUUCAACAUGAACGACAUUAAGGGUUUGACACGCAAUUUCGAUGACCACACCGAGGCAGAAGCUGAGCAUAUGAUGCGUGUGCCCUCGCGACCAUCUCGCAAAGGCUCCUUGACGCGUAAUAUAACCUUUGAGUCCGAUAUGACGGCUGCAUUAGAUGAGAUGCAGCGCUCGUCUUCGGUGUUGGAUAUAAAUGGCUUGGGUGACGAUUUAGAUGACAAAAAGAAACGUGGUCGAAGUCCAUUCAAGUUCUUUUCGAAGAAAUCCCGCGAUCAGAGCCGCGAGAAAAAUGGAGCAAGAACUGCAGAUGCGUCACUAGAACGCAGAAAUACAGUGGCCCAUGGCAGGAACGUGGUUAACCAGCAGAUGACAACACGAACACCAACACUACGUAUAAAUAAUGCCGAAAUACCACCCAGCCCAGUGCCUCAGGGUCCAAAGCAGUUGAGCUCAACGAACCUGGGCCAGCCCCCCGUCGAAUCAUCUGGAAAUGAAAUGUUCGAUGCCGAGUGCCUUAAGCUGAUCAACGAAUACUUUUAUGGUGUGCGCAUUUUCCCUGGUCAGGAUCCCACACAUGUGUAUGUGGGCUGGGUGACCACCCAGUAUCAUCUGCACAGUCGCGAGUUCAACAAGAGCAAGGUGCGACGGGGCUCGGUAUAUAUUGAAGAUUACUAUGAAGUGCCCAUCGAGCGCAUAGAUCGUCAGAGCUGUUACGUAGUACGCGCGGAUGAGCUCUUCAAUGAGGUGACGCAAGAUGCUUCGGGCAAAGGUGCAUCGCAGGGCAUGUUUGUGGGCUGUUUUGUGGACACAGCAACAGGCAUUAUACGUUUCACUUGCGAGGGCAAGGAUACCUCUCAUCGCUGGAUGAUGGAACCGGAUACGAAACUAUUUCCAGCUAUUUUUGUUGAAGCCACCAGCAAGGAGAUCCUCCAAAUUGAGCUCGGUCGAACACCAACCACACUACCCCUGUCGGCAGCCGUGUUGCCCACCAGCGACAAGCACAUUAAUCCACAAUCACCACCUCGAUUGAAGGUGCAGUGCCUGCGGCCACAUCAGUGGGCACGUGUUCCCAACACAUCGCUACAGGUGCAUGCGCUCAAGCUCUCGGACAUACGUGGCUGGUCGAUGCUCUGCGAAGAUCCAAUCUCAAUGCUGGCGCUACACAUACCCGAGGAGGAUCGUUGCAUUGACAUAUUGGAGCUCAUCGAAAUGGAUAAGCUACUCUCGUUUCAUGCUCACACGCUCACGCUCUAUGCCGCGCUCUGCUAUCAGUCAAACUAUCGGGCGGCACAUGCACUUUGCCAGCAUGUCGAUCAGAAGCAGCUGCUUUAUGCCAUACGCUCGGAGUAUAUGAGUGGGCCACUGCGUCAAGGUUUCUAUGAUCUACUCAUAGCCCUGCAUCUGGAGUCCCAUGCCACCACAAUGGAGGUAUGCAAAAAUGAAUAUAUUACACCCUUGGGUGUUGAACUGAAGGAACUGUACGCUGAAGAUGAAAUGCGUCACUCGCUCCGUUCGCUUGUCACGGAGUCUGUGCGCCCACAGUUGCGCAUGACGGAAAUCACACCCCCUGUGAUUGCAACAUCUAGUAUGCCAAGUGUUUCUAGCGAACCGAUACCCAACAUCGAUCAGUUGUACUCCCCGAAGUUCCCGUUAGAAGUAGUCAGAGAAUUUGUAAUGGAAGCUUUAAAGGAUGCUGUGGAGAUAAAUCAAGUGCACAACCGUGAUCCCAUCGGUUGGACCAAUGAGAACCUAUUUUUACCACUUAUUAAGCUCACGGAUCGCCUACUUUUAGUGGGCGUCCUUACUGAUGAGGACGUUCAGAAACUAUUGGUAAUGGUGGACCCAGAGACUUGGGAUGCCACUUUCGAGAAAGAGGGGAAAGACGAGCACCGCAAAGGCCUGCUUACCAUGAAAAUGGCUGAGGGAGCCAAACUACAAAUGUGCUACCUGUUGCACCAUCUUUAUGAUACUCAACUUCGGCAUCGGGUGGAGAGCAUAAUUGCGUUCUCCCAUGAUUUUGUGGGCGAUCUACAAACCGAUCAGUUGCGCCGUUAUAUCGAGAUUAAACAAUCCGAUUUGCCAAGUGCUGUUGCGGCCAAAAAGACUAAGGAAUUCCGUUGUCCACCCAGAGAACAAAUGAACCAGAUUCUAUGCUUUAAGAAUCUUGAGGUUGACGAUCAGGACAACUGCACCUGUGGUCUUGAGUUGCGCAGUCGCCUAAGCGAAUUCCACGACUUACUAAUGCAAAAGGUGUCGCUGAAUGCGCUGCAGGAGCCUGAUGGUACCGAGAGCAAUGCAAUCGAAGAAAUCAAAACUGGCCCCAUAACCAAAAUCUAUAAUUUUAUCAAUACCGUCAAGGAAUUAGAAGAGGGACCCAAAGAAGUGGAGGAGCCUGAGAAAAAGACACCUGAAGAGAUUUUCCGCAAAGUCCUAAUCAAAACCAUUGUCAGCUGGGCUGAAGAAUCGCAAAUAGAGAAUCCAAAAUUAGUGCGCGAGAUGUUCAGUUUACUAGUACGGCAAUACGAUACGGUCGGUGAGCUAGUAAGAGCUCUGGAGAAGACCUAUGUGAUCAACAACCGAGCACGAGAUGAUGUCGCUGAGAUGUGGGUUGGCUUGAGCCAGAUUCGUGCAUUGCUCCCCGUCCAAAUGAGCCAGGAAGAGGAGGAGCUUAUGCGUAAGCGUCUCUGGAAACUAGUCAACAAUGCCACAUUCUUCCAGCAUCCAGAUUUGAUACGCAUUCUGCGCGUUCAUGAAAACGUAAUGGCCGUCAUGAUGAAUACUCUAGGCCGCCGUGCUCAAGCACAAAGUGAUGCCCCCACCCAGACCGAGGGGGCCGAGGGCGUACCUUCCAAGGAGAAAGACACAUCACACGAAAUGGUCGUGGCCUGCUGCCGCUUCCUAUGUUACUUUUGCCGUACCGGCCGUCAAAACCAAAAGGCCAUGUUCGAUCAUUUUGAUUUUCUGCUGGACAAUGCGAAUAUAUUGUUAGCCAGACCCAGUCUGCGUGGUUCCACACCAUUGGAUGUGGCAUAUUCGAGUUUGAUGGAGAACACAGAAUUAGCUCUGGCACUUAGGGAGCACUAUUUGGAGAAAAUUGCCGUUUAUCUGUCCAGAUGUGGCCUGCAAAGCAAUUCGGAGCUUGUUGAAAAGGGCUACCCCGAUUUGGGCUGGGAUCCAGUCGAGGGUGAACGAUAUCUGGACUUUUUGCGUUAUUGCGUUUGGGUCAACGGCGAGAGUGUCGAGGAGAAUGCUAACCUUGUCAUUCGUCUUCUUAUCCGUCGUCCAGAAUGUUUAGGACCGGCUCUAAGAGGAGAAGGAGAAGGUCUCUUCCGGGCAAUCGUCGAGGCCAAUCGUAUGUCGGAGCGCAUAUCAGAUCGUUGUAAAAUGCAAGACGAAGCCGAAGGCACCAUAGCCGGACUUAAUUUUACACAUCCGUUGCCGGAAGGCGAUGGAGACGAUGACUACAUUGACACCGGUGCCGCCAUAUUGAACUUCUAUUGUACGCUUGUUGACCUGCUGGGAAGAUGCGCUCCAGACGUGUCUGUCAUCGAGCAAGGCAAGAACGAAUCACUGAGAGCUAGAGCUAUUUUGAGAUCUCUUGUGCCACUGGAAGACCUUCAGGGUGUGCUCAGCUUAAAGUUUACGCUCACACAAACUGCUCCCGGGGAGGAGCGUCCGAAAUCGGAUAUGCCCUCAGGCCUCUUACCCAAUAACAAGCAGAGCAUAGUGUUAUUUUUGGAACGUGUAUACGGCAUCGAAACGCAAGAUCUUUUUUAUCGGCUGCUGGAAGAUGCAUUUUUGCCAGAUCUGCGUACUGCCACUAUCUUGGAUAAGAGUGAUGGUUCCGAAAGCGACAUGGCUUUGGCCAUGAAUCGCUACAUCGGCAACUCCAUUUUGCCAUUGCUUAUUAAGCACUCAAAGUUCUAUAACGAGGCUGAAAACUAUGCCAGCCUCUUGGAUGCCACACUGCACACGGUCUAUAGGUUAUCCAAGAACCGUAUGCUAACCAAGGGGCAGCGUGAGGCAGUAUCCGAUUUCCUAGUGGCGUUGACAUCGCAAAUGCAACCUGCCAUGCUUCUAAAGCUAUUGCGCAAGUUGACUGUUGAUGUGUCCAAGCUAUCGGAAUACACGACGGUCGCACUCAGGCUGCUCACAAUGCACUUCGAUCGCUGCGCUAAGUACUAUGGCUCGACUCAAGGCCAGGGCUCAUAUGGGGCAUCGUCAGAUGAGGAGAAGCGUUUAACAAUGCUUCUGUUCUCGAACAUUUUUGACUCGCUGAGCAACAUGGACUAUGACCCGGAACUGUUCGGUAAAGCCCUGCCCUGUCUAAUAGCCAUCGGCUGUGCCCUGCCACCAGAUUACAGUCUAUCGAAAAAUACCGACGAGGAUUACUAUGGCAGACAAAUGGGCGCACCCGAUCAACCGCAAUAUGUUCCAAAUCCAAUUGAUACCAACAAUGUACAUUUGGACAAUGACUUGAAUUCGUUGGUUCAAAAGUUCAGCGAACAUUAUCACGAUGCUUGGGCCAGUCGCCGAUUGGAAGGUGGCUGGACAUAUGGCGAAGUUCGGUCCGAUAACGAUCGCAAGCAUCCACGGCUAAAGCCCUACAAUAUGCUUAGCGAAUAUGAACGUGAGCGCUACCGUGAUCCAGUGCGUGAAUGCCUUAAGGGUCUCUUGGCCAUUGGCUGGACUGUUGAGCAUUCUGAAAUGGAUUUACCACUCAAUCAUCGUGGCUCUACGCGUCGUCAAUCGAAGCCUACAAUUCAUGAUUUUCAGAAUGAGGGCAGCCCCUUCAACUAUAAUCCACAUCCUGUGGACAUGAGCAACUUGACUCUAAGCAGAGAAAUGCAAAACAUGGCCGAACGUCUGGCGGAGAACUCACAUGAUAUAUGGGCGAAGAAGAAGAACGAAGAGUUGAACGGUUGCGGCGGUGUCAUACAUCCACAGUUGGUUCCCUAUGAUUUGCUCACUGACAAGGAAAAGAAGAAGGAUCGCGAGCGCUCGCAAGAGUUCCUCAAAUAUAUGCAGUAUCAGGGAUACAAAUUGCACAAGCCCUCAAAGGGUGGCGCUGUUGAGGAAGGAGGUGCCACCCAGGCUGCCGUUGAACUACGCUUCUCCUACUCGCUGCUGGAGAAACUUAUCCAAUAUCUGGACCGUGCGACCAUCAACAUGAAGCUGCUGAAGCCAUCGACCACGUUUAGUCGACGAACCUCAUUUAAAACGGCAUCGCGAGACAUUAAGUUUUUCUCAAAGGUGGUGCUGCCUCUGAUGGAAAAGUACUUCUCAACCCAUCGCAAUUACUUUAUUGCCAUUGCCACGGCCACAAAUAAUAUAGGCGCCGCUUCGCUCAAGGAGAAGGAAAUGGUUGCAUCCAUUUUCUGUAAGCUAGCCGCAUUGCUGCGCAAUCGUUUGAGUGCUUUUGGACCGGAUGUACGCAUCACUGUGCGCUGCCUGCAGGUGCUUGUCAAGGGCAUUGACGCCAAGACAUUGACCAAAAAUUGUCCCGAAUUUAUUCGCACAUCUAUGCUAACAUUUUUCAAUCAAACGUCCGAUGAUCUGGGCAACACCAUUAUGAAUCUACAGGACGGAAAGUAUAGCCACUUGCGUGGCACACACCUGAAGACCUCCACAUCGUUGGGCUACGUCAACCAGGUAGUGCUGCCAGUGCUUACAGCCAUGUUUGACCACUUGGCCGCCUGUGAUUAUGGCAGUGAUCUGCUGCUGGAUGAAAUUCAGGUGGCCUCUUACAAGAUCUUGGCUGCUCUAUACCAUUUGGGCACCGAUGGCACCUUAACGCAUGAUCGAAAGUAUCUAAAAACCGAAAUCGAGCGACAUCGACCUGCUUUGGGCUCGUGUCUGGGCGCGUACAGCUCGUGCUUUCCGGUUGCCUAUCUGGAGCCGCAUCUCAAUAAGCACAAUCAGUACUCCUUGCUAAAUCGCAUUGCUGAUCAUUCGCUGGAGGCACAGGACAUUAUGGUUAAAAUGGAAAGCUGUAUGCCCAACUUAGAGGCAAUACUGAGUGAAGUGGAUCAGUUCGUCGAGUCGGAUAAGACUUACAUUGAUGCGCCGCAUAUCAUUGAUGUCAUACUUCCGCUGUUAUGCGCCUAUCUGCCCUUCUGGUGGUCCCAGGGCCCCGACAAUGUGAGUCCAACUAGUGGCAACCAUGUGACCAUGGUCACAGCGGAUCACAUGAAUUCGCUGUUGCGCAAUGUGCUCAAAAUGAUCAAGAAAAAUAUUGGCAACGAUAAUGCACCCUGGAUGACGCGCAUUGCGGCCUACACGCAGCAGAUAAUCAUCAAUACAUCUGAGGAACUACUGAAGGAUCCAUUCCUGCCGCUGGCCGAGCGCGUCAAGAAGCGUACCGAAAAUAUGCUUCACAAGGAAGAAAGCAUGCGGGGCUUUAUCAAGUCAGCUACCGAUGAUACUUCGCAAGUUGAGACACAGCUUCAAGAGGAUUGGAAUCUGCUGGUCCGCGAUAUAUACUCGUUCUAUCCGCUACUCAUCAAGUACGUGGACUUGCAGCGCAAUCAUUGGCUAAAGGAUAACAUUCCAGAAGCCGAAGAGCUUUACAAUCACGUUGCAGAAAUAUUCAAUAUCUGGUCGAAAAGUCAAUACUUUUUGAAGGAGGAACAGAACUUUAUAUCAGCCAAUGAAAUUGACAACAUGGCCUUAAUAAUGCCCACGGCCACACGACGUUCGGCCAUAUCGGAGGGCGUGCCGGCAGUGGGCGGCAAGGUGAAAAAGAAGAAAAAGAACAGGGAUAAGAAACGUGACAAGGACAAGGAGGUGCAGGCAAGUCUUAUGGUCGCCUGUCUGAAGCGAUUACUGCCCGUUGGACUUAAUCUAUUCGCGGGUCGAGAGCAAGAGCUGGUCCAGCACUGCAAGGACAGAUAUUUGAAAAAGAUGACCGAAUAUGAUGUUAUAGAAUUUGCUCGCAAUCAACUAACACUACCCGACAAACUGGAUCCCUCGGAUGAGAUGUCCUGGCAGCACUACCUAUACUCGAAACUGGGCAAAUCCGAAGAGACCGUCGAUGAGCAGGCACUGGAGAAGGUUAACACCAAUUCAAAUGAGAAGGGUAAAGACAAGACAACAGAGACCGUCGAUCGCAUUGUGGCCAUGGCAAAGGUGUUAUUUGGCCUGCAUAUGAUCGACCAUCCACAACAGCAGAGCAAAAAUGUCUACAGGAGCGUUGUAUCGAUCCAAAGGAAGCGUGCCGUCAUUGCAUGUUUCCGUCAGACAUCGCUACAUUCUCUACCCAGACAUCGUGCCUGCAAUAUCUUUGCACGCACCUACUACGAGCAAUGGCUGCAGGAGGAGAACGUCGGCCAGGAGGUGAUGAUUGAGGAUCUGACUCAGACAUUCGAGGAGUCUGAAAAGUCCAAAAAAGAUGAAGAAGAAGCUGACGGUAAGCCGGAUCCGUUGACCCAGCUGGUGACCACCUUCUGCCGCGGUGCCAUGACGGAGCGCAGUGGUGCACUUCAAGAGGACUUGCUGUAUAUGUCGUAUGCGCAAAUAGCGGCAAAAUCCUGUGGCGAAGAAGAAGAGGAGGGCGGCGAGGAUGGCGAAGCCGGCGAAGGCGGCGAGGAGGGCGAAGGCACAAGUAUUCAUUGUCGCAUGUCCCAUUUAAUGGAACAAGAAAUGGAGAAACAGAAGUUGCUCUUCCAUCAAGCGCGUCUUUCGAAUCGUGGCGUUGCCGAAAUGGUGCUGUUGCACAUAUCCGCCUCCAAAGGUAUACCUUCGGAGAUGGUCAUGACGACACUCAAUUUGGGCAUCGCCAUAUUGCGUGGUGGAAACAUUGACAUACAGAUGGGCAUGCUGAAUCAUUUGAAGGAGAAGAAGGAUGUGGGCUUCUUCACAUCCAUCGCCGGACUGAUGAACUCGUGCAGCGUGCUGGACUUGGACGCGUUUGAGCGCAACACGAAGGCCGAGGAGUAUAUUCCAAGUGCGGGUGCAGGUCUUGGUGUCGGCUCGGAGGGCGCUGCGGGUGAGAAGAAUAUGCACGAUGCCGAGUUCACGUGUGCUCUCUUCCGGUUCAUCCAACUCACCUGUGAAGGUCACAAUUUGGAAUGGCAGAACUAUUUGCGCACACAAGCGGGAAACACCACCACGGUCAAUGUGGUUAUUUGUACUGUGGAUUAUUUGCUGCGUCUACAGGAAUCGAUCAUGGACUUCUACUGGCACUAUUCCAGUAAGGAAAUCAUUGAUCCUGCUGGCAAAGCGAACUUUUUCAAGGCCAUCGGAGUGGCCAGUCAAGUGUUUAACACCCUCACUGAAGUCAUACAGGGUCCAUGUACUUUGAAUCAGCAAGCCUUGGCCCAUUCAAGAUUAUGGGAUGCUGUUGGUGGAUUCCUAUUUCUGUUUUCUCACAUGCAGGACAAACUCUCAAAGCAUUCGAGUCAGGUGGACUUGUUGAAGGAGCUGCUUAAUCUACAAAAGGAUAUGAUCACCAUGAUGUUGUCCAUGCUGGAAGGCAAUGUAGUAAAUGGCACUAUUGGCAAGCAGAUGGUGGAUACCCUUGUUGAGUCUGCGGGCAAUGUUGAACUGAUUCUUAAGUAUUUCGACAUGUUCCUGAAAUUGGCCGACUUGAUUGAGUCGCCUAGUUUCCAUGAGAUAGAUAUAAAGAACGAAGGCUGGGUUAUACCCAAAGAUUUCAGAGAAAAAAUGGAGCAAUCCAAGAACUACACACCGGAAGAAAUGGAUUUCCUUUUGGCCUGCUGUGAACGCAAUCACGAAGGUAAAAUCGAUUAUAGAGCCUUUGUCGAACGUUUCCACGAGCCAUCAAAGGAGAUUGGUUUCAACCUGGCUGUGCUGCUGACCAACCUAAGCGAACACAUGCCCAAUGAGCCGCGUCUGGCGCGAUUCCUAGAGACAGCCGGUUCUGUGCUGAACUAUUUUGAGCCGUUCCUGGGCCGCAUCGAGAUAUUGGGCAGCUCAAAACGUAUUGAACGUGUCUACUUUGAGAUCAAAGACUCCAAUAUCGAGCAAUGGGAGAAGCCGCAGAUUCGCGAAUCAAAACGAGCCUUCUUCUAUUCCAUUGUCACAGAGGGAGGCGAUAAGGAGAAACUAGAAGCGUUUGUUAACUUCUGUGAGGACGCGAUCUUUGAAAUGACCCAUGCCUCCGGACUGAUGGCUACGGACGAUGGUGGCAGCAAUGUGAAGCGUGAUACCGCCUAUAGUUCCUAUAUGAGUGAAGAGGAGGAGGAGCGUGCCGCUCGCGAUCCCAUCAGACGCACAAUUACAGCAGUAAAGGAGGGUCUUAAGUUCGGAGUGCACAUGCUGAGUCCGUCGAAUAUCAAGCAUCAAAUCGGAGUUAUGCAAACCAAAUCUAUACCUGAGCUGAUUGUUGGAUUCUUCAAGAUCAUAUUCUAUAUGUUCUACUACACAGGCUAUGCACAUUACUGUGUAGUCCGCUACAUCUUUGGUAUUCUAUUGAAUUUGAUGCGCGGUCCCGCGCCAGAGCAGGAGGAGGAAGUAGCUAUUGUUGAAGAGGAAACAUUUGGACGUGCGCUGCCACCGUUGCCGUUGGAAGAGCCGCCGGGCACUGUACAGGCCUUUGGCCUGGACAUAAACAAGGAGGAAAACGGCAUGUAUAAGGUGGUGGUGCACGAGUCACCAGCGGGCUCUUCUGUUGAAGAGGGCGGCGAAUCCAGUCCAGAAGAUGGCGCAGUUGUUACUGCCGAACUUAUUGAGGGCGAACCAUAUCAAGAGCCCAUUUCGAUAGUUGAUCUGCUGGGCGGCGAGGCCGCUAAGAAAGCGGCUCAGGAGCGUCAGGAGGCACAGAAGGCCCAAGAGGCAGCCAUGGCCUCUAUCGAGGCGGAGGCUAAGAAGUCUUCGGCGGCACCACAGGAGACACCAGCUGUGCACCAGAUCGACUUCUCCCAGUAUACGCACCGCGCGGUCAGCUUUUUGGCCCGGAACUUUUACAAUUUGAAAUAUGUUGCCCUGGUUUUGGCCUUUAGCAUCAAUUUCAUGUUGCUCUUCUAUAAGGUUACCUCGUACCCUGAGGAAUCCGAUGGAUCUGGUGAGGAUGAACUUAUUCUAGGAUCGGGUUCGGGCGGUGGAGCAGACAUAGCUGGUUCUGGCCUAGGUGGUUCGGGUGAUGGUGGCUCUGGCGAUGGCGAUUUUGAAGCGGACGAUAUACCGGAACUUGUGCAUGUGGAUGAGGACUUCUUCUACAUGGAGCACGUUUUACGAAUAGCCGCAUGUCUCCACUCCCUUGUCUCAUUGGCCAUGCUGAUCGCCUAUUACCAUUUGAAGGUACCGCUGGCCAUAUUCAAGAGGGAGAAGGAAAUCGCACGACGUUUGGAAUUUGAUGGUCUAUUCAUUGCCGAACAGCCGGAAGAUGAUGACUUCAAGUCGCAUUGGGACAAGCUGGUCAUCUCGGCCAAAAGCUUUCCGGUCAACUAUUGGGACAAGUUUGUGAAAAAGAAGGUGCGCCAAAAGUACAGUGAAACCUAUGAUUUUGAUUCAAUUUCCAACUUGCUGGGCAUGGAAAAGAGCGCAUUUACCGCACAGGAGAGCGAGGAGACGGGCAUCUUAAGGUACAUCAUGAACAUCGACUGGCGCUACCAGGUGUGGAAAGCCGGCGUUACCUUCACCGACAACGCUUUCCUCUACUCCUUGUGGUAUUUUAGCUUCUCGGUGAUGGGCAACUUUAACAACUUCUUUUUUGCGGCCCAUUUGUUGGAUGUGGCUGUCGGCUUUAAGACCCUGCGUACCAUUCUACAAUCUGUCACCCACAAUGGCAAACAGCUGGUACUGACAGUCAUGCUCCUCACGAUUAUAGUGUAUAUAUAUACGGUGAUUGCGUUCAACUUCUUCCGCAAGUUCUACAUACAGGAGGAGGACGAUGAAGUGGACAAAAAGUGUCAUGACAUGUUGACCUGCUUCGUAUUUCAUUUGUACAAGGGCGUGCGUGCAGGCGGUGGCAUUGGUGAUGAGAUUGGUGAUCCGGUUGGGGAUGAUUAUGAGGUUUAUCGCAUUAUCUUCGACAUCACAUUCUUCUUUUUCGUUAUUGUUAUCCUGUUGGCCAUCAUCCAGGGUUUGAUUAUCGACGCAUUUGGCGAGCUGCGUGAUCAAUUGGAGUCAGUCAAAGAUAAUAUGGAGUCCAAUUGCUUUAUAUGCGGCAUGGGCAAGGACUUCUUUGAUAUAGUGCCGCACGGCUUUGAUACCCAUGUUCAGAAAGAGCACAAUCUGGCCAACUAUAUGUUCUUCCUGAUGCAUUUGAUUAAUAAACCGGACACGGAGUAUACCGGCCAGGAGACAUACGUCUGGAAUAUGUACCAGCAACGCAGCUGGGACUUCUUCCCGGUUGGCGACUGUUUCCGCAAGCAAUACGAGGAUGAGCUCUCUGGCGGCGGUGGUGGUGGAGGCUAGCUCCCCAUAGUCUAGAUUCUCUCAUUUUUCAUAAAAAAAAACAGUUUAUAAUGGUUGAUAUCGAUAUGAUAAUGAUACUUGUUUGAAUUCUUUUUGCUAGGUCUAUAAUUUUAGUAUAAUCUAAGUACUUGAUAUGUAUGAAUAUUUUGCAUAUAUAUAUGGACGGAUGGAUGUUGAUGAUUCUAGCAUGUACUGUUAGAAUGCUCCUAACUCAAAUAAAUAAAUCGAUUCAUUUAUACCG